GCUUACUUAUUACAAGGAAGCAUUCUGAUUCUGAUCCUUCGUGGCGGAGAAUGUUUUUAUUCUUCAAUAUAUGUGUUAAUAUCGUCGAUUUUGUGACUCGACAACAGUUUUCUUUCCCCGCGCGUUCAAUUUAUUAAAUGUGAUCAACAUCAUGGAUAUACGCGGGAUAGAAGUUACGAAUCAAUUGCGGAGUGCUAUUCGUGCUAAAUUAUUGGAAUUAGGAAUAAGAUACGAUGAGGAGCUACCAGAUUAUAUUUUAGUAAUGGUUGUAAAUAAAAAGUCUCGUCAACAGAUGCACGAAGAUCUAUAUUUAUUUCUGGAAAAUUGCACAACUCCAUUUGUCGAUUGGUUACAUGACCAAGUAUUGAAAAAAUUGCAGAAGGUUACUGUGGCUAAGAAAAAAUCAUUAAGGGAAUUUGUGCCUACAGUCGUUGUAAAACAAGAAGAAGAAAGGAAAAAGAGGAAGACAACAACAACUUCUUUUCUGGAAGAUCAAGCUGCUAAUCAGACUAUUGAUAAGUCUUCCAAUAAAAGUGUGAAAGAUGAUAAAUCAUUCCAUAAGCAAAAUACAAAAACAUUCUUAUCUAGUCAAAAAUUGGAGACAACACAAAAUAAAAAUAUAGAUAAACUUGUAAAAGUUGCCAAUAACGAGACUAAAUCAGAUGGAAUAACAAAUCACAUUGUACCCCAGCAAUCAGUACCAAAAAGAAUACAGACAAAUGAUAGUCAAAGUAUGAAUACAAAUAAAGAAGUUUCAACUUUUGAAUCUAAUAAUAAAUCUAGAGACUCCCAUGUUGAGACAAAAAUGGACGAUACACCAUCUAGAAAUUUAAAAAGACCACUAGACACAACAAAUAGUUAUAAGGAUAGUUUGGAGAAAAAGCAAAGUGAAGUAAAAAGGUCAAAAAUCGAGGAGGAUGGAGAGAGUAGAACAGAUGAUAACACAAAGAAAUUGAAGUCUUGCGUUAAUAAACCAAAAGUUACAUCUGUUGUAUCUGUAAAAAAUCGUCUAGGUAUGGUAUCACCUAGGAAAAAGUUUGAAGUUCACAGAGAGAAAACGGAUACCGAAAGUCGAUAUAGACAGACUGAAAAGCGUCGGGUGGAUAAUCGUAAUAAUAAUUUUCCAAGGGGAAGAUCUUUUGAUACGGAGGAUCGUACGAAGAGGAACCGCGAUGUCGAAUUGAAACAUGAAUCUGAUAAAGUUAGUAGUAUAAAAACUCGACUGGGUAAUUCCAAGGUCGAAAAAGCAUCCAAAAAUUUAGAGUUAAGGGAGAAAGUAAAUUCUAAUCCAAAGUCAAAAUCGGCAGAAAAAACAACGGGUACGAUUAAAGAUCGCUUAGGGAUCGCGACUGUUAAUAAAUCACCUAAACAAUUAGGGAAUAAAGAACCUAUAGAAUUUAAAAGCAAACCUUUGGAACAAGAUCGCGAUACCUUGUCUAACAAUAAAAAUAUAAAGAAUAGAUUGGGACCAUUGAAGAAUAAUUUUAAGCCAGUUAGCGUUAAGUCUGGCUUUAAUUCGUCAAUCAGACGUUCUCAAAGUAGCGAGGAUGAGGACUACCUCAAUCUAGGUGCAGAAGAGGAAUUAGAUGAUGACUCACAAUCUGUGGGUACAAGUGGACCUAUUAAAUCCCAUAUAAUAGCUGUAAAUAAACCUGUACCAGUUAAGACUGAUAGAAAACGACUGAAAUCGUUAGCAAAGAGUAACAAAGAAUGCAGCGAUGCAGAGGAAGAAGUUGAGGAAACUAAGAUACCUAGUAAAGUAAUUGUAACACCAAGACCUCUAAAACCACUGCAACCAACGCAAAAACGUGCCACGCAAUCACUUUUAUUAAGAGCUGUUGCAGAGGCAAAUCAAUCUGUUGUUACACAAAAGAAUCCGGAGCCAUCCUUAUUGAAACUUUCACAGGAGAAGAAGCAAACAGUGAAACAUCUUAAACCAGCUGCUGUACGAGACGUGGGUCAAAAUUUAUCAGUACAUUUGAAUUCCAAUAAAAGAUUGGUUAUGGAAAAGAUACAAGUAGAAUUAAAUACAGAUGUUUCAGAAUCGAAAUCAAAGCCUUAUGUACCGCAACCAGUUACCGAGGAACAUAUGGGUGUCGUAAUGUCUUUAUUCCAAAGGAGUGAUGACAACCAAAAAUUUUUAGUUACACUCAAUGGAUAUAACACUAAUUUAAUGAAAGAUAAAGUGACGUCUGACGAUGAUGAACGACUGGAAAUGGAGGUGAAUGAGGAUGACGAACUUGCACUAUCAACGAUUCAAAAUGACAUGUAUACUCAGAAUGAAUCAGAAACUUCCGUCUUUCAAGUAACAGAAAUUGAAACUGAAGGUGAUGUAAGUGUAAAAGAAAGAACAGAGGAGAACAAUGAAAAUUGCAAUACGGAGAAUGUAGAGAAAAUCGAAGAGAUACCAAAAAAAAGGAGAAAAUUAAGCCCAAUUAUUUAUAAUAGGUCUCGUUUACCAAGUCCUACAGAUUUAAAAUCCAGCACAUUAUUAACGAAUCCGUUAUUAGCUAAACGUUUAGAUAAAAAACCACUAACAGAAAACAUGGUAACGGCGAUAGAUAAAUCGAAAGAAAAAUGUAGAUACUGGCCGAAUUGUACAUUAGGAAAUAAGUGCGCGUAUCUUCAUCCCCUCAUUAUGUGCAGUGCAUUUCCUGCGUGUAAGUUUGGAGACAAGUGUGCUUACAGACAUCCUAAAUGUAAAUUCGGCUUGUCCUGCACAAAACUAGGAUGCGUGUUCUCUCAUCCUGCCCAGCAGUGCAAGUAUCAUCCAUUCUGCACCAAACCAGCGUGUCCAUAUUCUCACCCGAUGCCGGUCGCUGUGGAGGCGUCUAGUCAAAGGGCGAAAUUCACGUGGCGCAGACAAGAUUGAGUCAUACCAUUGUACAAACGAUGUACAAAUUUUCCUUUCCUCUAGUGGUAGAUUGACAUGUAUAUUAGCAAGGAUACUAUCACGACUACUUGAUUUUCAGUAACAAAACUCGAUACAUGUAACGAGAGUAGCAAUAAUAGUAGCAAUAGAUCAAUGUUGUCCAAUUAUAUUAUGUUAGGUGCGUUAUUGACAACUGAGACUAAUUAAUGAUUGAAAAGUAUUAAGGAUCUUUGCUUUUUACUCGGAGAUCUUAUACAUCCGUAGAUAUUUUCAGUUAAUGUACAUGUAUUGCACUUUACGAAUAUAGUGUUACAGUAGUAUAAGUUUUAUCGAUCACGGUCAAAAAUCUUUUAUUACAAUGUACCUUGUUCUUUCACAUAUUACUAGCGAUAGUAUUCUUGCUGAUGCAAUGAAAAAAAAGUAACAUUCUACUUUGUACAAAUGAACGAGUGUACGUUUCGGUCGCAAACUUUGGAUGGAAUUUCGACGUUCGACUCCCAUUUAAUCUGUAUUAUACAUCAUGUCGAUUCACGGAACAGCAGUUUGCAUUUGUUCAGUAAUACAUUUAAUAGUGUUCUAGUUUUAUUCGUUCCCCGGUCUACGAAUUAUAGGUAUUGUCUUUUACCAUUUCGCCGAUCUGUUUAAACAGAUUGCGUGGAGUAUCUAUUCGUUUUUCUCCUAGUUUUAAGAAAACAUCAGUGAAACAUUAUAUUAAUUCAAUAUUAAUGCGGCUUUAACAAAUAAUAUAUAUAAUUGUAGUAAACAAUGAGUCUUUUGUUCACUCUUCUUGUCUAUUUUAAUCAUAGGCAAUUAAUUCUUUUUUUACGUUAUAUCAGACAGUAUCCUAUCUUCGAAAUUCAUACGAACUAUAUUUAUUAAUCAAUGGCUGUGCAAUGUAAUUGUCAUAACAUAAUUUCACUCGAACAAUAGAAAAUACUUGUUCGAGAAUUACGAAUGAUAUAAACUUUUUUGUGUAAUUUAUAAUUUUUAUCAUACGUGAGUGUAGCGUAAAAGAAAGCGAAAGCCAGCUUUGUGCACUUUAUUAUCUGUUUAUUAAAUCAAUGAAAUUAAAUUCAUUAAUCAACCUGUUUAGGUACUACGAGAAUAUAAAUCUUGUAUAAAGGACUAUAAAUACACGGUUAUAUCUCUAAAUUUUAA